GGGAUAGGACUGAAUGGAGAAAGGAAGACUAGGAUUGUGGAACUUUUUCUAAGGUGAGCCCAGCUGAUGAAGAAUGAAGGGCUCCAGGACUACAAGACCUUUCUGCCUCAGUCUCAGUGCUUGCUGCCCUACCACCCUAAGGUCCCUGGGUUCCAGCAACACUGGACUCAGCCAGUGAAUUGUGCACUUAUCCGGAUUUCCCUGGGGAGAAUCUUCGCUCAGAGUUUACUGACAGCCAAGGAUGGCAAGCAAGGGGCCCUCAGCCUCUGCAUCCCCUGAGAACUCCAGUGCAGGGGGGCCCAGCGGCAAUGGUGCUGGAGAGAGCGGAGGUCAGGACAGCACCUUUGAGUGCAACAUCUGCCUGGACACAGCCAAGGAUGCCGUCAUCAGCCUGUGUGGCCACCUCUUCUGUUGGCCGUGUUUACAUCAGUGGUUGGAGACCAGGCCUAACAGACAGGUGUGUCCAGUUUGCAAAGCCGGCAUCAGCCGAGACAAGGUCAUCCCCCUCUAUGGCAGAGGCAGUACUGGGCAGCAGGACCCAAGAGAGAAGACCCCACCCCGUCCUCAAGGUCAGAGGCCAGAACCAGAGAACAGAGGGGGAUUUCAAGGUUUUGGAUUUGGAGAUGGUGGCUUCCAGAUGUCUUUUGGGAUUGGAGCAUUUCCCUUUGGGAUAUUUGCCACAGCAUUUAACAUUAACGAUGGACGGCCUCCCCCAGCUGUCCCUGGUACACCUCAGUACGUGGAUGAGCAGUUCCUGUCACGCCUCUUCUUGUUUGUGGCCCUGGUGAUCAUGUUCUGGCUCCUAAUAGCCUAAUGCUGGCCUCCCAGCCUGCAUCUAUGGCAGGGCCUCUGGACUGGUGACACGUCACACCCACGUUCUUGGUGUUUGGCUUCCUGUCUAAUCCUGACCCUUGGAAUCAGUGGGGUCAGUAACACAUUGAGGAGUCUUCAUCAUCAGAGCUUUGGGACUCAAGACCAAUUGAAGAGGACCCUGGAGCGUGGACACUGCUAUAACCUCAGGCCUUGAUACUGAGUUGUCUCUCAUGGGUGACACCAUGAAAUCCUGUUCCAGCUCGCUCAGCAGGUCCUAACCGGGGAAGAGGCAGGAAGAAGGACACUGUCAGAGUACAGUUUCAUCUGAGUUUAAUAUCACAGAAACAUAGGGGUGAGCCAGAUGAUACUUAUGGAAACUCAUCUCUUUAAAUACCCCCUGGUAAAAUGCCUAAGUUGGUGGGGCUCCUCUGCCGAGAGGUUUCCCUUCCAAAUCCCAAUGCUGGUCUGUCCUAUUUCCUCCUCCUCCUCCUCCUCUUCCUCCUCCUUAGCAGAGAUGCAAGAAACUGCAGUCCUAUAAAGAUCAUAAUUGCAGCAGCUGAAGCUGGAGUUGCUUCAUGAAGUCACCAGAGACCCAAAGAUCUUUUAAUGACUCUGGACCAUGCUGAGUGUCUUUGGCCCGCGAGAGUGAUUUGAAUGACCUUCUGGUUUCCUGGCAUAGAUUAUCUCCAGAGACAUGUGACUUCAUUCACAGAUUUGUCAUUAACUUGCCCCCAAAAAACUAUCUGCUUCUGCCUCCUUGCCAGAGGGCACACAGCCUUGAUCAUUGCUGAAGCUGAGACUAACUGCUGCGUGUUAGCAAAGACCUGCAGGCGGGACUCCUGCAGUCCCGCCUCCCGCGGAAUUUGGACCUCUAAUGCAGAAACAAAUAGUCCUGUCCCCAAAGCUACAGAAGCUCCAAGUGCAUCUCCCCUCCACACCCCUUCCCCCCCACAUUUCCAGACUUGCCCAAAAAAAACCAGGGGCUUUGUCAAGUCAGCCCAGUGCAUGUUGAAGACUAUCCUCCUCAGAAGCCAAGUUGUCCUUUAUGAAGAGGCAGGAUUGUAACCCUGAUUUUCAUAUGGCUUGAUGGAUUACCCUGAAAACUUCUUGUAUGUGUGCUAGAACCAGGGAAGCAUGUGAUUCAAAAACAGGCAAUCCCGGAUGAUUUGUAAAGCCAGGCAGCAGGGCCUGGGAAGCCCCAGCAUGAUGAUAUGAUGUGGUCUUCCUGUGGAAGUCUUCCUCUGGAAAUUCCCAGGGGAGUUGAUUUUUUUCCCAAGUCCUUGAUUUUGUUUUUUGAUUUCACAAGCUUCUUCCUCCUAGUCUGAUUGAGGGAGUGUGGUGCCAGGCAGGAAGAUGAUUUACUUCAUGGUGUGGUUUCACUCUGCAGGUCAGGCCUUUUCCAGAAGACCCCUGGGGUAGGAGGAGACAUACUUCCUCUAGGGGGGCCUCUGUCACUUUGCCAGUUUAUUCUGCUCCUGUCUCUCACAAAGCAAUAGUCAACAACUAGUAGAAGGCCGCACCUAGUGCUUUUUUCCAGAUACGGCUCUGUAUAGCGAGUGGAAACCAAGACCUUGAGGAUGAUGAUGGAAAUCCUCCUCUUUUUCACAGCCCUCAUCCCUUCCCCUUUGCUCGGGUCAAUGCCAGAGUUCAGUGUUCAAACAGACAAAUGAUAAGUAUUGAAUAGGUGGUUCGUUUCCUGAAUCCAUUUGACAGGAAAAAGCCACCAGUUUUCAGUGUGUCUGAUGGAUUUUAAACAUUCUUGGGGCACCCACUCAAGAGUACUCUUGAUUGCCUAGAAAUCCUGGAGUUUUCUCAGUUCAAGAGGAUUAGUAGUAUCCCUCAGUGCAGUGGCCCCACCUCGUGGUGGGAGAAGGGACUUCAGAUGGGCCCAAUAGAAAUGUAUUUCAAGAAGGGCUGUGGGUAAAAAGACAAUCAUAUGGACUCAAAUGGAGUGAGCACACGGGAUCUCCACUAGCGAAGGCAUCCCAGGAACCUGUUAGCAAAGCCAGGUUGGCCAUGUACCCUUUGAUUUUGUACCUUUUAGCUCCCCACUCACCCUCUGCCAGGAGCUGGGGCAGGGAACCAACUUGGGACUGCUGGCCCAGUCCCAACAGGGAAGCCCCUUCCCACCACCCACUGUAGGCCCAUCACCUAUCCCCUCUGUCAAGGCAGUUUUUCUUUCUUUUGUGUGUGUGUGUUCUAUGCUCUUGGCUUCCACCCCUCUCGCCACCUUUGUGGAUUAGGACCAGGUCCCAACCACAGUCAGAAAAUGGCACCAUGUACAGUGGCACACCUUGACCAGUCACUAAUUUUCACUGUUGUGAAAGUGAUUUGAUUUAGAAUUAAACAAAUGGUUUUACAUUACUAUGAGCGGUGAACCUGUCUCUGUCAUGUGGGGGAGUGAAUGGAUUGGGGAGUAGUCACUUUUGUGGCCUCUGGAAAGCCCUUUGGUGUGUGCAUCCUGGGGAAUGUCAACCUGAGGCUGAAAGUCUUCAGAUAGCCAUGUAAUUAGAGAUGAGAAGUGUAGGCUGGGCACCUGACCUAUACGUCCCCUGCUCAAUCUGACCAAAUAGGCAGCCCAGUCCUGACAAGCGGGGAAUACCUAAGCUUGCAGACUACCACACUGAAGCUCAGCUUGUGACUGAUAAGAGCUUUGAUAACAAUCACAGGUUAUUCAGUGUCCUUACCUCUCUAGGCUGUGAGCAGGUGGGCCUCUACUUGGAGCAGGGGGUGUGUAACUAGUAAGUUUCCUUUAGUGCAGAGUAUGAGAGAGAUGUUGGUGAGGUUACAAAGUUGGCCCAGCCUGAGGCUCCCCAGCAUUCCAGAGCCACAGGUCAUCCCUCUGAAGGAAACUCAUUUACGUCUUACACUUUGACCUAACAGUUAUUCAAGUUGAAUAGCACCUGGAUACAGUAGGAAAUGCAAAGUUAAAAAACUAAAGCCUCCCUGGUGGCGCAGGCAGUUGAGUGCAGCGCUAUGAAGCCGUCUGCCGCCUCUGCAGCGCCGGUUUGAUCCUGGCUGGCUGGGGAGAUACCCACAUAGCGCGGCAAACCUUUCCUGUCUCACCCGUUCUGAGCUUCUUAGAGGGUAAGAGGAUCCACCAGAGACAAAGUGGGGAACAGAACAGGCAGACUGAAAUACACUGCUGAGGGGAGCAGUGAGGUCUGCUGCACCAUGUGGGUUAGCUCCCUGGCUGGUCAGGAUCAAACUUGUGCUGCAGUGGCUGCGGGUAGCUUCCUAGUGCUGCUUCUUAACCCCUUGCACCACCAGGGAGGCCCCCAUCUUCUGGUCUGUAGUCUUAAAGGCACUAGAGAGCUAUUGAAUAUUUUUCAACAGAGAGGUGAUGAAACAAUUUUGGAAGAUUAAUGAGUCCGUUUAGAUGGGAUGAUUCGGGCAGGGGAGAGACUAAGAAGCUCAAUUUGAAGCAAUUGGAAAUGAUAGUGACAAGGUCUGGCUAAGGACCAGUAGACCAGUUCCUUCAGGAGAGCAGGACCUGCACCUUAAGGUGGUCUUCAGCGUCCAGAUCCUCAUUUCUAUAGGUCCAGAGAGCUGAGAGUCAACAGGAUCUGGGCUCAGGACUGAAUUAGCAAUGGUCAGGUAAUCAAACUGAAUAGGUGACUUGAGUGCUGGAAACCCAGAAGGUCUACCUGCCUAAGCCUUUUCUGCCCUCGAUAAGUCCUCCUCCAGUUCACAAGUGAUUUUGGAAUGACUGGCCCCAUAUUGGAAACAGAUCUCUUGAUUAUAUCAUUUUUACAGACUUACUCUCUUCCUUUAUAUUUCAACUUGUAUUUCUCAGUUACCUAGACUCUGGGAGGGAUUUGGGGGAGUUGGUUAUCCCCACACACACUGGUGAAGACCAUGAGGUUGGAGGUAGGAAAGAAAUAGAAAGGGAGAAGGGGGAAGAGAUUGGAGUGCCUUGCUGCCAGGCAUUGAAAGAGGGAAGAUACCCAGGAGGCUUGGUUCCUAGGCUGCCAGUGCCUGGAUGCAUGAGAAAGAAGUUGUAACCUCUUCAACUGCAGGGUCAAUAAAAUCCCUCCCCCUUUUAGUAAGCCAUUAAUUGGUUUGUCAGGGGAGUCCCCUGCAUCACCAUCACUUUAAUUCAGUACACAAUCUAUAAUUAGCAGAGAUUUCCUCAGACCCUGUAAAGCCAACUGCUGAAGAGUGAUCCCAGGAAUUAAAGGAAGUCAAGUACAUCCCAUGCUCCCCCCAACACUUUCUGCACACUCAGAACAACAGAAGCCACCUGCCACACCCAGAGGAGAAAAAUCUGACCUGCAUCCAGUUUGAAGUACAUGGUCAGGGCAGGAGAAAAGAAAAUUGUGUUCACCUUUGCUUACACAAGUGCUGAGAUCCGAGCAGCCGGGUUGAACUUUGUCCUUUGGGGGUGUCAUGAUCUAUUUCCUUGAGCCCCAUCCCUGUCCCCUCUUAGUCCCUUGGACACUUUUCCCAUGACCUAAAUCUGAUCUAAGAAAUAACAGUUGCCAAAAAUCCAGCAUAACAGAAUUACAUGGAAGGGACCUCAGGGACCAGCCAUUGUGACCUACCCUUCAUUACCCCAGUUCCCUCCCAAAUCUAGAGAGGGAAAGUGGUUUCCAAGGCUAUUGGAUCAGCUAGCAAAGGCGAGAAACAAGUUAGCUGCCCUAGCUCCUUGUCCAGUGCUCUCUCCAGAGAAACCUGCAGGGCAAGUCCAGUUCACAGGUAUGUUUCCAUUGGCCCACAUGGCAUUUUCAGAAUAUUAUCAGAAUUUUUAAAGUGAAAAAGUUCACCUAAAUACCUUGGUUUUUGUCUAGUCUUGAAAAGUUGGAAGAUCUAGUGUACUGGGCUCAUUUCUAUACCCAUUUGUCCUCACUGAUGAUCUGCCUCUGGAAUGCAGGUUGGGGUUGCAUUACCUCCAUAGCAUUUUUGACCUAAAGGUUAUCUGAGUGUCAGCUUACAAUGGUACAGAGAAGCAGCUUCUCUGAGCUGGAAGCUUCUAAGAGAAGCCCUUCCUUAAUCCCCCCAAAGCUUGUGGUUUUGUUAUGUUUUGUUUUUAAG